AUGGAGAAGUUACGGUCUUGUCAGAUACGGUUUUCUGAGUACUUGGAGAAGAAGAAUGUUGUUACUGAUUUCCUAAGCGUAUGUGAAACACGUUCAGGUAUCAGUAAACUGUAUUUAGCAUAUGGAGUGAUUGCGUUUUUGACGCUGUACUUAGUCAUUGGUUAUGGGACGGAUAUACUUACUCUGCUUGUUGGUGCUUUGUACCCAGCAUAUCAAUCAGUUAAAGCCAUAGAAACUCACGAGAAAGAAGACGAUACGAAAUGGCUAACCUACUGGGUUGUUUUUGCUUCUGUUCAACUUUUCGAAGCCUGUACAGCAAUGAUGGUCUACUACCUACCGUUAUAUCCCAUAAUAAAAUGUGCCUUCCUAAUUUAUUGCAUGAUUCCUAUCUCACAAAAUGGAUCCUUGCUUAUUUAUCGACGCUUGAUUCGACCGUUCGUUCUUGAGCAUUCGGAAGAUAUCGAUUCAGUGUUAAACAGUACAGCUGGUAUUGCUGGGAACCUAAUGGAAGACGUCGUUCACAAAUCAGUUGAGAAACUAUAA